AUGGCCAGGUAUCCUAACAUGAUAAAUGAAACUUUUAGAUUUCAGAAAAUCCCACACCCUGAAGUACCAAAAGCAGAAUGGAGUGGGGACUGUGGUGUUUUGACAUCUUUGUCUAAGACAGCUGAAACUGCACUUUUAGAUGCGAUCCAAGCUCGAAAACACGGGGACACCCUAUAUUUUUGGGUCCGUUUGGAUGAGGAUCGUAGGAAUCCGUUACAACAGGAUUUUUGGUCGUUCUGCGAUGCUAUUAAUGCUGGGAAUUGCAGAUUUGCGUUUUCGGAGGCAAUGAAGAAGAUGUAUAGAAUAAAGAUUAACGUUACUUCUCUUCCUUCAAUGCCUGUUGAUGGGGAGACAUGGUCCGUAAUGCAUAGUUGGGUUUUGCCGACAAAAUCAUUUAUGGAGUUUAUAAUGUUCUCAAGGAUGUUUGUCAAUGCUCUCGACAAACAUGUUUACGAUGGGCACCCGAAAACCGGGCAUUGUUACUUAAGUCUAUGGAAGGAUAAGCAUUGCUACUCACGGAUGAUGGAACUAGUUGUGAAUGUGUGGGCAUAUCAUAGUGCGAGGCGAAUGGUGUAUGUGAAUCCGAAAACAUGUGUGAACCGGAGGGGUCAGAUGUGGGUGAAGUGGUUCUCGUACACGACACUCAAGGGCAUGGAUGAAGAUCUAGCUGAAGAAGCGGAUUCAGAAGGGCCUUCUUCUAGAAGGGCCUUCUUCUAGAAGGUGGCUAUGGCCAUCGACAGGUGAGGUUUUUUGGCAGGGAAUUUAUGAAAAGGAAAGGAAUCUGAAGAAUGUAGAGAAAGAGAAGAAAAGGAAAUAGAGUAGGGAUAAGUUAGAAAGAAUGAGAAGGAAACAUAGGCAGAAGACGAUUGGAAAGUAUGUUAAGCCUUCACCCGAAGGCGAGGAUGAAGUGGAAGGGGAAGAACGAGAAGUUUCGUUCUUGAACUCGAAUUCAAACAAAAACACAAACAAGACUACACAAAGAAGGUUAAGAUAGGAUAUAGUUUGUUUUGUUGGGUUCUUUCUUAAGAUAGUAUAUAGUUUGUUUUGUUGGGUUCUUUCUUUUCCUUGUUUGUUGUGGCUGGGGAAGAAAUGCUUUAAUAUUAGAAUCUAUUCCCAAAACAAUUUUCUAGUUUUUUUUUGGGUUUGUGGGUAUUUUUUUUUAUAAUGUAUGUAUGUAAUUGAUGUAUCCUUCCCAUUCCCAAAUCAAAUGUAUACCCAAUUCAUUGUCUAUUACUUGGAUUGAUUUAGAUAAAAAUUAUUUUAAAUUAAA